AUGUCUUUGCCGCAAAGGCCUGGUAAGGCCUCACCCCGGCGUGAGGAGCGCAGCGCUUUCCGCGAGCCCUCUCAUCGUCGGCGGCACCGAGACAUUGACUCUGGCACCUACAGCGACAACCCAACUUCGCCGUCUUCCCACCGACACCACCGCCGCCGAUCGCAUAGCCACCGGAGGGCCGCUGAAACGGAUGAGGAACGCGUGGAACGCGGCGGCGACAUGAAACGCAAGAAGAGCCUGAUCAAGCCGGAGCGACGCCAUAUGGACCGCGAUCACCCUAAUUACCACUAUCGACAGCGAUCGCACCGCAUGCCCGUCCACCCCUCCUCCACGGGCGAUGACCCCCUGCUCGAUCGAGACCCCGAGGCCGAGACUAACAGCUCCAAGAGUUUGGAUUCAAAGUCGAAGGAACAGCUGUACGGCGCGCAUGGAAACAUGAAUAAACCCAUGGACCGCGCGCCCAGUCGGCAUCGGUCGAAAAAGAAGAAGAGAUCUUCUCACCGAACGUCGAAGAGCGGCACAUCUGCCGAGGAGAAGAGGCGACAGAAAGCAAUGGAACAAGCGCGGCCGCCGGAUCUGUGGACGACGUAUUGUGCCUUGGUCAGUUGCUUGGUGCCUGACUUUGUGCUCAAAUGCUUUGGUAUGCCGCAGAAGGAACAGCGGACGGCCUGGCGAGAGAAGAUCGGCUUGAUCAGUUUGAUUCUCAUGAUCGCCGCCUUUGUGGGUUUCCUGACCUUCGGUUUCACGGCUGUUGUCUGCGGGUCGCCCCCUCUUCGCCUAAAGGUCAAUGAGGUCGGCAAUGGUUACAUGAUCUUCCAUGGCACGGCUUACGACUUGACCAAAUCGACACACCCCGCCGCCGAGGGCAUUCCAGCAGGUACGAACGUCUUGUACGAUCUCCCGCACAAGUACGGCGGUCAAGAUGGCAGCUUCUUCUUCCAGCAAGUCAACGGUGCCUGCAAGGGACUUAUCACGGCCAAAGACGGCGGCGGUGUCCCGACCAACUCCCAGGGAGACCUUGGUUGGUAUUUCCCCUGCACUGCGUUCAAUCAGGACGGCUCCUCCGAGCCCAACUUAACAACUUCUUUCUACGAGGGCUGGGCCUGUCAUACUAGUGGCUCUGCGCGGGAUGCCUUUUACAAGCUAUCUGGAUCCGGAGAUGUGUAUUACACUUGGGAGGACACGAAGAACAAGAGCCGAAACCUGGCUGUGUACUCUGGCAAUGUCCUCGAUCUGGAUCUUCUGCGGUGGUUCAACACUGACCAGGUGGAAUACCCGGCUGAAUUCGAUGAGCUGCGACAAAACUCCGCUGUUCGUGGCGUCGAUCUCACCUACUAUUUCCAAAGCGGAGACCAAAAGAAGAUCGGCAAAUGCCUGACCCAGAUCAUCAAGGUUGGCAGCAUCGACACGGACACCGUCGGUUGUAUUGCGUCCAAGGUCGUGCUCUACGUCUCUCUGAUUUUCAUUCUGUCCAUUGUCGUCGUCAAGUUUGCCUUUGCUCUGCUCUUCCAGUGGUUCCUGGCGCCUAAAUUCGCGGCGCAGAAAACUAGCAUGGCUUCUGAUGCCCGUACCCGCAACCAGCAGAUUGAAGACUGGUCCAACGAUAUCUAUCGUCCUGGCCCUCGUUUUGCCGAUCCUCCCGUACCUGAGCGUGUCAGCAAGCGCGCCAGUUUCUUGCCCACCACUUCUCGCUUCUCCAGCCCGUAUGUGGUUGGUAGUACUAGCGGCAGCAGCAAGCAAAAUCGGCAAUUUGUCACCAUGGCCAGCCAGAACUCGACCUCUCGACUGAUGCCCGGUUCUGCCAACAGCCACCCCAUGUACAAACUCAGUCACAACAGCAGUGGCGGCACUCUCAGCGUCGAUAACUCCCGUGUUAACCCUGGUGCCAGUCGCACGAGCCUCGUGGUCCCCGGACAACAAGAACCCGGGUUUUCGACAAUCAUCUCCGAGUCUGAAGGUCCCGGUCCUGCGGGCUUCAUUCACGAGUCGGUCGUUCCUCAACCUCCACCUGAUUGGCAACCCUUUGGCUUCCCCUUGGCUCACGCUCUUUGCAUUGUCACUUGUUACUCGGAAGGCGAGGAAGGCAUUCGGACAACGCUCGACUCAAUUGCCAUGACCGACUACCCGAACAGCCACAAGACGAUUCUCGUUAUUUGUGACGGUCUGAUCAAGGGUAAAGGUGAAGAGUUCUCGACUCCGGAGAUCGUGCUCGGCAUGGUGAAGGACCACGUCAUUCCUCCAGAUGAAGUCCAGCCCUUCUCCUACGUUGCCGUUGCCACUGGAUCCAAACGUCACAACAUGGCCCAGGUUUACUCUGGUUUCUACGACUAUGGCGAGACCUCUAUGAUUCCCCCCGAGAAGCAGCAGCGCGUGCCGAUGAUGGUUAUCGUCAAGUGCGGUACCCCUGCCGAAGCAACUCAGUCCAAGCCCGGUAACCGUGGUAAGCGUGACAGUCAAAUUAUUCUGAUGUCAUUCUUGCAGAAGGUCAUGUUCGACGAGCGUAUGACAGAGCUCGAGUUUGAGAUGUUCAAUGGCAUGUGGAAUGUUACGGGCAUUCCGCCAGAUUUCUACGAGGUUGUUCUCAUGGUCGACGCCGAUACGAAGGUGUUCCCGGAUAGUUUGACGCAUAUGAUUUCGGCCAUGGUCAAGGAUCCCGAGGUUAUGGGUCUUUGUGGAGAGACCAAGAUUGCCAACAAGACUGAUAGCUGGGUUACGAUGAUUCAAGUUUUCGAAUACUUCAUUUCUCACCAUCAGGCCAAGUCUUUCGAGUCCGUCUUCGGUGGUGUCACCUGUUUGCCCGGUUGUUUCUCGAUGUACCGCAUCAAAGCUCCCAAGGGUGGUCAGAACUACUGGGUGCCUAUCCUGGCCAACCCGGACAUUGUCGAGCACUACUCUGAAAACGUGGUUGACACCCUGCACAAGAAGAACUUGCUGCUCCUGGGUGAGGAUCGAUACCUGACGACACUGAUGCUGAAGACCUUCCCCAAGCGCAAGCAGACCUUCGUCCCGCAGGCUGUCUGCAAGACUGUUGUCCCAGACAAGUUCAUGGUCCUGCUGUCCCAGCGUCGUCGCUGGAUUAACAGUACCGUGCACAACUUGCUUGAACUGGUGCUCGUGCGCGACCUCUGCGGCACAUUCUGCUUUAGUAUGCAGUUCGUCAUCUUCAUCGAGCUCAUCGGUACUCUGGUUCUCCCCGCCGCCAUCGCCUUCACCAUUUACGUUAUCAUCUCCUCCAUCGUGCGCAGGCCAGUGCAGAUCAUUCCCCUGGUGCUGCUCGCUCUGAUCCUCGGUCUGCCGGGUGUUCUGAUCGUGGUCACCGCCCACCGUCUCGUUUACGUCCUCUGGAUGCUGAUCUACCUGCUUUCCUUGCCAAUUUGGAAUUUCGUUCUGCCGACUUAUGCAUUCUGGAAGUUUGAUGACUUCACCUGGGGCGAUACUCGGAAGACAGCCGGCGAGAAGGACAAGGGCCACGAUGACGCAGAGGGUGAAUUCGACAGCACGCAGAUCACCAUGAAGCGCUGGCGCGACUUUGAGAAGGAGCGCCGUAUGCGGAAUAAUGGCUGGACGCAGCCGCAGCCGCAUGCUUCUGGUGGCGUGAACGGGUACCCGAAUUACGAGGCGUAUUCGGAUUAUUAG